ACCCUGUCGGUGGUACGUAAGUAGGUCCUCUGGUCACCGGGCAAAUGGAAAUAUUGCAGGUUCGCAGCCUUUGGGCUGCCCAUGUGAUGUCGUGGACAGCUCUCAUCAUGGUCCUCGUCUGGGCACUGGCUAAUCAGGAUGACGACUACUUCCUCGGCGGCCUAGCGUUCAGCGGGACAGGGCUCUUCAACUGGCACCCGGUUCUGAUGGUCGCUGGACUGGUCGUUGCCUACACUCAAGGUAUCUUGGCGUACCGGACGCUGUCGUUGGAAAGAGAAACCAACAAAAUGAUCCACAACGCGUUCAUGUUCGUGGCAGUCAUUCUCGUUUCACUCGGCCUGAUCGCGGUUUUUCAGUACCACAAUGAAGAGCUCUACGCGAACCUGUACACGAUGCAUAGUUGGGCGGGCAUCGUGGUGGUCACGUUGUUCUACGCCAACUACGUUGGUGGAUUUUUCAACUUCUUCACUGGAUCGACGCCGCAGUGGAUGAAAGCCCAGUACCUACCAAACCACGUCUUCAUUGGAAUCUUCACCUACUUCGCGGCGGCAUUCACGGCGUUGCUCGGGAUCCAGGACAAGAAUUCCGCGCUCGGCUGCGGCUACGACAUCACGCUCACGGAACCGGAUUACAACCCGGCUUCCCACUACUCCAACCUGUACGCGGGCUGCCGUCUCAGUAACGGGCUAGGUAUCGUGGUCAUCGUCACCUGCCUCUGCGCCACAUACGCUGUUAUGCCUCGGAAACCCGAACAAACCGCUACGACGCUCGAUGCCCCGCUUCUGUAAAGCCGCGUAUGUGUGAAUUGUAGACAGCAAGAAGCAAGCGCAAUAGCUGAAGGUUUUGCGUUGUGCCAACCCUUUCGCCAUGAAAAACUACCUACCCGAAAGUCAUCCACGCCAGAACCUUUUACUUUGCCUAAGUGCGUUCAUUGUAUUUUGAAUGAUGGACGGAGAUACACAUACAAGACAGCAGGAACAGAGAGAGGAGGGAUUCUGCUGUGAGUGUGUUGCUUUCUGUGCUGUGUUUCGCGGCGUGGUGUGUGCUUCCGAUACAGAAGGCCGGAGUGCAAAUUGUCCAGGCCACUGCACAACUAUCACACAUCCACAAUUGUGUUGUGAGUUGCUCGCGCCACCACACCCUCCCUGGGAUCCAUCCCACUUCGGCGUCUGCUGUCACCGUCUGCCAGUUGUACCUGUAUUUAUUUGUCGUAGACGGUAGGGUCUGACGUUCCCAUGAGUGUCCAAAGUCUCACAGCCGUCCCGUUGUAAAGCGUGUGUGGUUGACGCGUAUUGUAUACUUUGUUUAUGAACAUAGGGAUGAAAUACCCACCCUUUGGUAUGGCGUCCAGAGGGGAAAAAUUGUUGAUGGUGUCGAAGAGCCAGCUGGUCGAUGGUUGUUUUCAUUUUGCGUGUGUUAACAAUUGCUUGCUGUUAUUUGUAAGCUUGGUGUUUUGCACGGCACUUGAUUGAAGCGGUACUUCUUGACUAUCGUUGUGUGGGAGCGUGGAGAUGAGGGUUGAUAAGGGUCACAUCUCCCCAACACCUGUCGGGGACGAUACCCUCUCUUCAGAAGGUUGCUACAUGUUUCCAUUCAAUACUCUACAUACACAAGUCGCGAGGGAAGGG